AGCUCAAAAAGGGCAACAUUAAUCCACAACAUUAAACACAGCUCUACCAAACAGUUACACAAACCAGAAUUAUUUAGGUUUAUUAAAUAUACAUGGCUUAUUAGGUGAGUAGGCGGUGGGGGCGUGGCCACUACUCAGGCAACCGCAACCUGUCAAUCAUAUACUGUGGCGGGAGCAGAAAACGAGUGUCAAUGAGGACGCCUGUGGUUGCCUUACUUUUCCUAUUACUGUUUGACAUCCUGUGUGCGUUUGGACGAAACCCACAGUAAACUAGAGGGAUCUCACAACAGCUCACAGAAGUUCAUUGGCCGCAAUAUAUGGCAGUCUUGCGGAGAGAGGGCUACACCGUACAAGUCAGCGUUAACGACUACCUGGACAUCUACUGUCCACACUACAACCAGAGUCAGCGGGGGGCGCUAGAGCGUGGUGUGGCUGAGCAGUACGUUCUCUAUAUGGUCAGUUACCGAGGCUAUCGCACCUGCGACCCACAGAUGGGCUUCAAACGCUGGGAGUGCAACCGGCCGCACGCCCCCCACGCACCAAUUAAGUUCUCUGAGAAAUUUCAGCGUUACAGCGCCUUCUCGCUAGGCUAUGAAUUCAACGUGGGUCAUGAGUACUACUAUAUAUCUACACCAAUCCAUCACCACGGACACAGCUGUUUAAGACUGCGGGUGUUUGUCUGCUGUUCUACAGCCUCUAAUGCAGAUGACGACUCUAACCAGAGUCCACCUGACUACACUGUCAGACCCAAACUGCAUGACAUUGACGAGUUUAACCCUGAGAUCCCUAAACUGGAGAAGAGUGUCAGUGGCAGCAGUCCGUCUGGAGACCGACUGUUAAUCACUGUGGCGACGCUUCUCCUCGCUGCUCUCCUCGUGUCCUAGCAACCGUCUCUCUCUCUCUCUCUCUGACAUUUCUGAGCAAGCAGUCCCGAGCGCUCCAAGAAAAAGAUCGCCUUUCGUUCAACCUGUGCGGAAGAGAUUAUUCAAUCAGAACAGAUUAACCACUAGUCGAGCCCUAAACGUGGGAGCUAAUUGUAGAUCUACCGCACCCAAAUAGUGGCCUUUGUCUCCACAAUUUUGGACCUUACGAAUAAGGAUGACAUGCAUCGAUUUCAGAAUUUGCCUUUGUAAUGGAACGUCCACUCUUCUCAAAAAAUAAAAAUAAAAAAGUGAAUCCGGUUAGACAGUGAGGUCUCUACCUCUAGCUACGUCUGUUCUCGUCUUCAAUGAACCUAUCCAGACUGGGGCAGCUCUUGAGGUGGACAUUUUUGGAUUGACAUGAGCUCAAAUGGAUAUGACGAGCGUCAUAGUGGCCAGUGCUUUGACCUCUGAAUCUCAGCUGAGGGACUCGAGGAGUAUUGGAGACCUUUGAUCCUGUCUUAACAUUCUGUCACGACCCAUACCUAUGUGACUGCGAUAUGUGUCAGUCAUUGAUAGUGCUGCAGCAGAGAUCAAUAAAACUCGUUUGCCAGUCACUAAGUUCAGGUGUUAGGCUUAUGAAUCGAUCACAGAAAGUCACGGCUGCUGUUUCUGCUAGUUGCCGGGCCUCGUCUACAAGCUGUAAUGCGAACGCUUUCCAUCUAGUUUCCUAGUUCCAUUGCUGAACUUGGAAACUAGAGGCACAUUAUCGGUCAGAGACCAUCACUUUUGUACAUUGUGUGACCGAAAAAGUUUGGUCAUCAAGCAGCGCACAUAACGAAAGAGAAUCGGACCGAAUGAACGGUAGAUGAUAGAUAGACUUCUAUUUGCUAUAGUAUGUACGUGUACGUGUACUGGAUUGCCACUGAUUAGCAUAGUGGCCAUUUUUGUAA